GUCUUAACUCAGCCGAUAGAGCGAUUGGCGUUUAACCAUGUGGUCGUGGGUUCGAUUCCCACAGACGGCGAAUAAAUUGAAAAUUGGCUUCGCAAUAGCAGCAAUUCCUCGCAAAUCUUUUUGUAGCCAUUAUCGCACUUCUAAGCUAUAAUCAUUCCAUCAUCGAUUUGCUCCCAUGGCGAUACUCUCCGCUCCAAGCGGCAGCACUUAUGGGUUUACCAUCUCCCUCCCAACAUCCAAUUUAGGUACCAAAACAUGGUUCAAAUCUUUUCCCACCACUCUCUUUCAAGCACCCAAGCCGCAUCUAACGCAAAGCUCCAGGAGGCAAAAUUUACUGGCUUCAUCCUCCACAUACGAAGUCGGUGGAGGUUUUCCCAUGGAUGAGAUUGGAGCUCAAAAUGACAGUGGCAGUGGUGGUGUCAAGCAAGAAGAUCAGAGAUUGAGCCCAGCCCAGUACGAAGUUCUGCUUAAAGGCGGUGAACAGGUGACCUCUGUUCUAGAAGAGAUGGCGAAGCUCUUGGAUGACAUGAAUAUGGAUGAAGCUUCUGAGGAUGUGGCUGUGCAACUAGCUGCACAAGGAGUUAUUGGGAAGCGAGUUGAUGAAAUGGAAACAGGCUUUAUGAUGGCCCUUGAUUACAUGAUCCAGAUUGCUGAAAAAGACAAGGAUUAUAAACGCAAGUCACUUCUGGAGGUGAUAAAGGAGACCGUAUUAUCUCAUCUUACAAAAAAAUGCCCCCCACAUGUCCAAGUAGUAGGCUUGCUCUGCCGAACUCCUGCUAAAGAAAGUAGACAGGAACUGCUCAGGCGAGUAGCAGCCGGGGGUGGUGUGUUUCAAAGUGCUAACGGUGGCACAAAAGUUCACCUUCCAGCAGCGAAUCUGAACGAAAUAGCUAACCAGGCUGAUGAUCUUUUGGAGUCGAUGGAGACCCAACCUACCAUUCCUGAUCGCAAAUUGCUAGCAAGGCUUGUUUUGAUACGAGAAGAAGCAAGGAACAUGAUGGGGGGUGGGAUUCUAGAUGAAAGAAAUGGUCGUGGUUUUAGUACGCUUCCUGAAUCAGAGGUAAACUUUUUGACCAAGAUCGUUGCUUUAAGACCAGGGAAAACUGUCCGUGAGAUGAUAAAAAAGGUUAUGCAAGGAAAUGAAGAGGGUGCUGAAGAUUUCAUUUGUAGUAAAAAGAAUCCCUCAGGGAGUAGGAUCUCAAAUGGCAUUGCAGGGAAGGGUAGUGUUUCUGGUAUCAAACCAUUACCUGUUCGCCCUGGCAUGUUUCUUGAGACUGUGACAAAGGUGUUAGGUGGGAUAUAUGCAGGCAACGUCUCUGGCAUCACCGCGCAGCAACUAGAGUGGGUUCACCAGAAUACUCUAGAAAUCCUUCAAGAAAUCGCAUUUUAGUCCCUCUUACCAAAAGUUCUGACGCCAACAAUUACUCUGAGGUCUUUGCUAUGGUACUUUGCAAGUUCAUUUACAGACUUAAGGAUCUCAUCACUUUCUGGCUGCCCCAUCAAUAGUGGCUUGAGGUAAUUUGCGCCAAAUCCGGAUUCGGUUUUCUGUCAAGUCAAUUCUUGAGUUAACACAAUAGUUUCACUGUGUGACCGAUUUAUGUAUGCUCUUUGUAGGUUCGGGUGCUGUGUGUUUAGGUAUUAGCUAGGGGCUCUUGAACCUUCGGAAUAGGCUUUGUGGUACAAGUAAACAUCAAGUGAAUAUAGAAGAUAAACCGAUAAACGAUCAUCAGAAAAGAGACAUCUGAUUCAAAUAUUCAGCCAUCUUUUUCUGCUUUUCAUUAGUAGAAAGGAAGCUUUUACCAUGGAAGGCAAGAGGAAAGGGAAAAAAAGAGGAUUCUAGAAUCAUUGUUAAAAGUAAAACUGGUUCUUCUUGUAAUCAAUGUGUUCUCUAGGUUGACUGCCUUACUAAUUUGCCUUGGUCCUAAAAUUAGUGGUGAACAGAAAUUGUCUUGAGCUUUGGUGUAAGAUUUGACUACCUACCUAAGCCUAAUCAUCUAAGAUUAUUAAAGGUUAUAGUGUCCAUCUUGUUGUCGUUUUCCCAAAGAAGGGAUCCUAAAUGGAGUCUUAUUUUAACUGUAGACAAGAUCAUAAGAGAGUCGCUCAGUUGAGAAAUGGAGGUGUAUUAUGGACCUAAAUGAACUUUCUCAUUCGGGUCCAAUCAAAAGCAAUGAUGAAUAGCACUCGAGAUCAAAUCACCAGAGAGUGGAAACCCAUGUGUUUACCGGACCUACCUGUCCUCUAUUAUAACUUUAAAGUCGCACAUAAUUUGUAAUCUCUCAAAACAAUCCUUCCUCUAUUUGCUUAUGCUAUGGGUGUGUAAAAAAGGUUGCAAAAUAGUCUC